CUUCCGCCUCGGGCUUCCGCGUUGUCUGACAGGCCUUCCCAGCCCCGCGUUCAGCACAGUCCAGGAGAAGCGGACCCCUCUCACCCAGCCCAGACCGCGCAAUGCCGGCCCCGCCGUGCGCCUCCUGCGGCAAGGCCCGCGCGGCCCUGCGCCGCCCGCGCUCCGGCCAAGCGCUGUGCCGCACCUGCUUCUGCUCCGCCUUCGAGGCCGAGGUGCUGCACACGGUGGUCGCGGGCCGCCUGCUGCCUCGCGGCGCCGUGGUGGCCGUGGGCGCCUCGGGCGGCAAGGACUCCACGGUGCUGGCGCACGUGCUGCGCGAACUGGCGCCCCGCCUGGGCAUCUCGCUGCAACUGGUGGCGGUGGACGAGGGCAUCGGCGGCUACCGGGACGCGGCGCUGGCGGCAGUGCGGCGCCAGGCGGCGCGCUGGGAGCUGCCCCUCACCGUGGUGGCCUACGCUGACCUCUUCGGGGGCUGGACGAUGGACGCCGUGGCCCGCAGCACGGCUGGCUCAGGCCGCAGCCGCUCCUGCUGCACCUUCUGCGGGGUGCUGCGGCGCCGGGCGCUGGAGGAAGGGGCGCGUCUCGUGGGAGCCACGCACAUCGUGACAGGUCACAACGCCGACGACAUGGCGGAGACCGUGCUCAUGAACUUCCUGCGGGGCGACGUGGGCCGGCUGGCCCGGGGCGGCGGCCUGGGCUCCGCGGGCGAGGGGGGCGCCCUGCCGCGCUGCCGGCCGCUGCAGCUGGCCUCGCAGAAGGAGGUGGUGCUGUACGCGCACUUCCGCCGCCUGGACUACUUCUCCGAGGAGUGCGUCUACGCGCCCGAGGCCUUCCGCGGCCACGCGCGCGACCUGCUCAAGCUGCUGGAGGCCGCACGCCCCUCGGCGGUGCUGGACCUGGUGCACUCGGCGGAGCGCCUGGCGCUGGCCCCUUCGGCCCGGCCCCCGCCCGCCCGCAGCUGCUCCCGCUGCGGGGCGCUGGCCAGCGGCGCGCUCUGCCAGGCCUGCGCCCUUCUGGACGGCCUGGACCGCGGCCGGCCCCGCCUGGCCAUCGGCAAGGGCCGCCGGGGGCUGGACGAGAUGGGGCCGCGUGGGGCGCCUCGGGAGCAGGUCCAAGCCCCAGCCUCCGAGGCCGUGCCCUCCUUCUAGAGACCACAGUGUUCUGUUGGGAUCCGACCUGGGAGCUCAGGGAGCCUGUAAAUGACACUGUGAAUAAACCCCAGUUACCUUUGCCCAGGGCUUCCGUGUGAAGUCCGGAGGGGGGACGGAACCGCUGAGCUGUGACCCUGCGGGAGCUGGGGCCUGAGCCCCUGGGUCCGAGGGAGGAGGGGGCCGAAGAACUUCCCACUCCCGAGCGAGUGCGAAUUGGGGGGCUGCUUGCCUCGUACCCCUGCCAGGUUCUCCGCCAGCCCUAGCCCUUCCUGAGCAUCUGCUGUGUGCAGACUUUUCCUGUUUGCCUGUUGCAGGGUAAGCAAAGCCACCGGCGUUGAUGGGCACGCGUCAUUCACUGUAAUCCUGGUGCUUCUCCGAGCCCAGUGCACGCCGCAGGCCCCGCCCCCUCAGUUCAUUCCCACCGUCUCAUUGGCUGUAGCCUGAGCACCAGCAACCGGCCUGAGGUCGCCUGGAUGGAGAGGGACGGAACUGGGGGCUCACACCAGGGUCUGCCUGGGGCUCUUGUCCCCCACCCCCUCACACCUGAAUCCCUCCUGGUGGCUCUGUGAUGGAUGAGGAGCAGCUGGGUGGGUUUCCCAGACCUCAGCUUCUGGGGGCCGAGCUGAGUGAGCCCGGGUCAGUGAUUUAACUUCUCUGGUCUUCGGUUUCCUCCCCUGAAAAUGGAAUCGAAGCACUGUUGUGAGGAUUUGACGAAGCACUCCAUAAAUGGCGCCAGCUUGGUUGUUCGCAUUAAAAUUUGGACACCAGGGGCUCUGGGUUUCAGGAUUGCCACUUUGCUGGUCCAGGCAGGCCUUAAGCCCACAAGCUUCCUGCUGGACCCCUGGGGAGACGUGGUGUUUUCAGCCCCACCUCUCAGCUUUCCUAGGCUGGCCCCAUGUCUGGAAUGCCUUCCCCUGACCAUCAUUCUGCUCAAAUCCUCCAGGGUCCUCCUGGAAGCUUCCCGGGUGGAUUCUUCCGCCCUGUUCAGACCCCACCCACAGGGUCAGGCCUUCGUGUCUGGCCACUUGUACUCUUCUGGUCUCGUUUUUUCCUAAUUAGAUUAGGCUGGAGGACAGGGACAAGAUGGCCCUGUCUCUUCCACGAGUUAAACAAACAUUUGUUUAAUAAUUCAUUCAAAAAAAACGUUUAUUGAGCCCUGGCUGGUUGUAGCUCAGUGAACUGAGCGUAAGCUGUGAACCAAAGGGUCAUCAGUUCGAUUCCCAGUCAGGGCACAUUUCUGGGUUGCAGCUGAGGUCCCCAUUGGGAGCUCCUCUCCUUCUCCUUCCCUUCCCCCCUCUCUAAAACUAGAUAAGUAAAGUCUUUUUUUUUUUUUUAAGUUUAAUUGAGCACUUUGUCUGUGACCUGUGUCUUGGGUGUGAGAAAUUCCUCCAGGGGCUAAUGCUGUCAUGAGCAGAAGACAAAAGCCCCGCCUCCUCAUGAAGUUCAAGUCUGUGAGCCGCAGACAAUCAGCAAAUGGAGGACUCACACAACCACAUGGUUAAGUCAACAAGUAAAAUAAGGGGGGAGAUGGCAAGAGCCAGUUUCCAUAAGCAUCAGGGCAAGGCCGCUUUGAAGAGGCAGCAUUUGGACAGAGGCCAGAAUAAGGCAAAGGGAUGAAUCUUAAAGCCGCCCUGGGAAAAAAAACUUUCUGUCUGGAGGGACAAGUUUUUCCUGCUGCUGGAGAUGGAAAUAAGCUUGGGAAUCCAGGGAACAGCAAGGAAGUGUGUCCACAGCAGAGUAGAUGGGAAGAAUAAUAGUAGGCGAUGAGAUGAGACAAGGCAGCAGCCAGGGAAGGUCAGGCUGGGUCUUUAGAGGCAAUAAAUACUACAACUAUUCUAAGAGUGAUGGCGAGCCCUUGGAGGACUUUUCACCGAAAGAGGCCAAGAUUCGAUUUCCAUGGUCUGAAAAAUCACUCCAGCUGCAAUGAGGACAAUGGACUGUAGGGGGCGCAAAAUGGCCAACGUCAAUUGAGAUGACUUUUUUUUUUUUUUUUUUUUUUU